AUGUCCUCCAACUUCUACGCCUCAACCCACGCUUCAUACUGGCUCCUGACCCGCUCUGAGCUGCAGACAGCACGCGAGACAGACUUGAAAUACGCAACUGCACACCAACUCUAUUGUUUGAACAUCUUCUUUGCGUCCUUGAUCCAAAAGCUCGGCAAGCGACUGUUACUCCGUCAAGUGCCCAUUGCGACUGCGACUGUUUACUUUCGGCGCUUUUACACCAAGAAUGCCGUGUGCGAGACCAACCCAUACCUCGUUCUCGCGGCGUGCGUGUUUGUCGCUGCCAAGAUUGAGGAGACGCCGGUGCACAUCAAGAGUGUCGUAGCUGAGGCAAAGGUGGUGUUUGCCGAACAUAACAUCAAGAUGUUUCCUGCGGAGGCGCACAAGCUCGGCGAGAUGGAGUUCUACCUCCUCGAAGACCUCGACUUCCACCUCGUCGUGUUCCAUCCAUACCGCGCCCUCGCCAACAUCUUGGGCCGCGAACCAGCCGACGCCGGGCGCUACCCCAAGACCCGCGUUGAGGAAGAUGCGGACGUGAGGAAACAAGAGGCUGAAGACCGCAAGAAGCGCGAAGACGAGGCUAGACGCGCGGCUGGACCUGGUGCGGCCGGCGUCAAGGCGCUCGCACUGCCCGAGGAGGAAGGGGAGAGUGAGGCAGAGAGGGUUAGGCGGUUGAUGUAUCGUGGGUCGGGAGAGGGGUUGAUGGAGAUCGACGAGGGCACAAUGCAGAUUGCAUGGUUCACCAUCAACGACACAUUCCGUACCGACGCUCCGCUCCUGUACCCGCCAUACAUUAUCGCCCUCGCGGCCGUCUACAUUGCGUUUACGCUCACGACCAUGUCGGGUGCCAGCGCACGUACGCGCUCGUCUACCCAAAUCUCCUCGGUUGCCAACAGUCUGGAAACCAACACUGCCCUUGGACUCCCUCCUCCCCCAACUUCGCCUGCCGAGUUCCUCGCCUCGUUUGAGGUAUCCCUCCCGACGCUGUUUGCGUGCGUACAGGACAUUAUCUGCCUGUACCCCGUAUGGGAGGCGUUUGAGCCCACACCUCAACGCGCGAGCGUCAAUGGCAGUGCCAGUGCUGCUGCCGCAGCAGCAGCGGCCGCGGCUGGCAACCAACCCCCCAAGCCUGCUGGGAUCAAGUUUGGCCCCGAGGAUGCCGAGGCUCUGGUGAGGAGGAUGAUCGAGGAGCACAUGGUAGAUGUCGGACAUCCGGACAAUGCGGGCAAGAGCACACCCGAGGCAGCCAGGAAGCGAACCAGGUAG